ACAUAUUACGUUGUUCGUGAGGAGGCACAACCGUGAGCCGCCGCUGUUCGUGCUUCCCACCGCAAGGCCUCCGUAUUCGGCACUCUGCCGCUUCUCGCACCACCGCAAGGCCUCCGCUCCGCACUUCCUUCGCGCACUCCGCACUGCCACUGUCCGCGUGUUUGUAACUUUUUGCUUAGAUGGAAAGCUGCACCAGCAACAGCAGUGGCAGCAACAAUCACUGGAGAGCCGAGGAAGCCAUUGGUGGCAACACUCAAGCUCUUCAGGCCCUUAGAGAACUCAUCAUAUUUCCUCUUCACUUCUCUCACGAAGCACGGAAGCUUGGACUUAAGUGGCCAAGAGGAUUGCUGCUGUAUGGUCCACCAGGCACUGGAAAGACAAGUUUGGUACGAGCAGUUGUUCAGGAGUGUGGGGCGCAUUUGACAAUUAUUAGUCCACACUCAGUUCAUAGAGCACAUGCUGGUGAAAGUGAAAGAAUUCUCCGUGAGGCUUUUUCAGAGGCUUCAUCUCAUGUAGCCUUGGGCAAGUCAUCAGUUAUCUUCAUAGAUGAAAUAGAUGCACUCUGUGCUCGCCGAGAUUCCAAAAGGGAGCAAGAUGCCCGAGUUGCUUCCCAACUCUUUACACUGAUGGACUCAAAUAAACCAACCUUUUCUACACCAGGUGUAGUUGUGGUUGCAUCAACUAACAGAGUGGAUGCAAUUGACCCUGCACUAAGAAGGUCUGGACGUUUUGAUGCUGAAAUUGAAGUUACUGUCCCAAAUGAAGAGGAGCGUUUUCAAAUUCUGAAGUUGUAUACAAAGACGAUUCCCUUGGAUCCUAGUCUUGAUUUGAAGUCUAUUGCUGCAUCGUGCAAUGGAUAUGUUGGAGCCGAUUUGGAGGCUUUGUGUCGUGAAGCUACCAUGUUUGCAAUUAAAAGAUCCUCAAAUGCAAAGGAAGAUGCUAGUAAUUUCAGUCUAAUGAUGGAGGAUUGGAAGAAUGCAAGGUCUGUUGUUGGUCCAAGUAUAACAAGAGGUGUUACUGUGGAAAUUCCCAAAGUGACUUGGGAAGAUAUUGGUGGAUUAAAAGAAUUGAAGAAAAAGCUCCAACAAGCCGUCGAAUGGCCUAUUAAGCAUUCUGGUGCAUUUUCAAGAUUGGGAAUAUCCCCUGUACGUGGAAUUCUUCUCCACGGGCCUCCAGGAUGUUCCAAAACUACCCUUGCCAAAGCUGCUGCCCAUGCUGCCCAAGCUUCCUUCUUUUCCUUAAGUGGUGCAGAAUUGUAUUCGAUGUAUGUUGGAGAGGGGGAAGCUUUGCUCCGUAAAACAUUUCAGAGAGCACGCCUUGCGGCACCCAGUAUAAUAUUCUUUGACGAGGCUGACGUGGUAGCUGCCAAACGGGGUGACAGUUCAAGCAAUUCUGCUACAGUUGGAGAGAGACUUUUAUCCACUCUGCUGACUGAGAUUGAUGGCUUAGAAGAAGCUAAAGGAAUUCUUGUUUUGGCAGCUACAAAUCGCCCCUAUGCAAUUGAUGCUGCACUUAUGCGUCCUGGGCGUUUUGAUCUGGUUCUAUAUGUACCACCACCUGAUUUGGAGGCUCGGUAUGAGAUACUUUGUGUACAUACACUUAAGAUGAAAACAGGGCAUGAUGUUGAUCUCAGAAGGCUAGCAGAAGACACAGAGCUCUUCACAGGUGCUGAACUGGAGGGAUUAUGCAAGGAAGCUGGAAUUGUAGCUCUAAGGGAAGACAUAUCUGCCACUGUUGUUUGUGACCGCCAUUUCCAGAUUGCGAAGAAUUCUUUAAAACCCGCAUUAACGAAAGCAGAAAUUGAUUCAUAUUCAUCUUUCAUGAAGACCUCAUCUAGAGCUUUGCCUAGCCACCUUGAAGCAGGUAUGAAACCAGUAAAAAGCAAAAAGAACAGGUUGGAUCCUAUGUCUUUGGUCAAAAUUGGAGUUGUCAGCUGUUUGUUACUUGCUGCUGCUGUUGAAUACUAUAUCAAGCAUGGAGACCAAAGUUUACAUGAUAUAGCUACCUGAAUGAAGACCAAAAUUUUUUAAGUAAAAUUUUGAGAAUAUUAGGUUUUCUUUUGUUAAAUACAUGUUACUCAUAAGGUAUUAUUAGAUGUGAUUAUAUUAUUCAUGAGGUAUUUAUAGAUGUGAUUCUGCUUAGUCGUGGUUCAUUUCAUUCUAGUAUGUAUCUUUGUGCUUAUCACCAUUUUCUUGCACUAUCUAGAUAAUUCUUGUGUUUUUCUUUCA